AUGAUAGUUCGUUUACCGCGGUCCCAGUUCGUGGUGAAUGGCAGUCUGUUAUUAACAGCCCAGCAGUCUUCAUCUCCUGAAUGGUUUGAUAUCUUUGUGUCCCAGCGAGCAAACAGAAGUACGUUUUUGGUCAGUGCGAGACAACGACUACAAAAACAGGUAAAUCGUCGAAAGACUGAAGUCGAGCGAUCCAGCAAUGUGGAAGUGUAUCAAAGCGAACGUCGCUCCACACAGCGGUUAGGUACUGAGGUGAGUAGAUCAGGACUUCCGGACGACACCUCGACCAGGACGAGCUUGUCCAAAAAGACGCCGGACCAACGGUCAGAGAACCAACGGACAUCAGAGAACCAACGGACAUCAGAUGACCAACGCACAUCAGAUGACCAACGGACAUCAGAGAACCGAAGGGCAGAUGAUCAACGACCGGAAAAUCAACGACCAGAGAAUCGACGACCGGAAAAUCAACGACCAGAGAAUCGACGACCGGAAAAUCAACGACCGGACGAUCAGCGGCCAGGACCAGAGAAUCAGCGGUUCGAGGAUCAGCGGCGUCGGAGAAGGCGACAACCGUCGCUGCUUCCCGUGUGCGAAGACCUCUUACUGGAGGAUCAGCGGCGGCCGACUUCUGUCGUCGCCGGUUCUUCGCGAGACACAGGGACGGCGGUGGAUGGAUCGGGGGAGUUGGGUAUCAAGGGGGAAGGUCGUCGCGUAAACCUGAGUCGCGGAGAGCCGUGUCUGGUGCGGGCACGGAGCGCGGUGGGUGCAGAGGCUGCCGCGCCUGCGUGGUUGUUGGGGUCUUACUGCGAGAGCGCGGCGGCGGAGUCAACGACCAGUUUCGGUUCAUUGCCGAAAGUCGGCGGUUCGAGUCCGGGCGGUCGUGGCGACUCUUCUGGUGCGGGUACAGUUGCAGGGGCAGAGUUCGGCCGGCCUCGGCAGAUGUUGGAAAGCAGGCGUACCAUCGGGGGUGGAGGGGGGUCGAGGCCAUCGCCGUCAAAGCCGGUAGUGAAGGUGGUGGACGGGUCUCCACCAAAGUUGAUGAGCGAUUUGCCCCUCGGCUUGACUGUAGAACUGGCAGAACUAGUGUUCGAAAAAAGUUAUAUCAGUCGUGGUACCUUCGGGACAGUGUUUCGAGCGCGUUGGCGAGGACGUGAAGUGGCAGUGAAGUUGGCGCAUGUUGACUCGCCACCGAGCGUAGAACAGUUACGCAACUUUGAACGUGAGUUGAAUGCGUACUGCGCCAUGAAGGAGGAUCCUAACAUCUGUCGGUUCUUCGGAGCGUGUGUCAAGUCGUUACGUUCGCUAUUGAUCGUAACUGAGUAUGUUCCGCGCGGUAAUCUGUUUGACUUAUUGUUUGACGGCUCUGUCUUUGUAAGUUCGACCCAGCGACUGGGCAUGGCUCUGCAGCUGACAGGCGUGAUGUAUCGGCUGCAUUCGCAACGACCAGUGGUCGUUCAUCGAGACCUAAAGACUCCGAACAUACUGGUUGACUCCAACUUCAACAUCCGUCUGUGUGACUUUGGAAAAACACGACUGAUGGUCCGGAACUCAAUCCAGCUAGAUGAUAACGGUGGAAGCCCACGUUAUAUGGCGCCUGAGUGUUACGUGCCUGCUGGUACCAUCAACGAAAAAAGCGAUAUCUGGUCCCUCGCCUGCUGCCUCAUCGAGAUCUUUGGCGGACCAAUCCCCUUCGAAGACUGCUUCGACAACGACGACGUUGUCAGUCGCCUCUUCAGGAAUCACGAAAGCCCACAAGUACCACAUUGGUUCCUACCCGAAGUCAAGAACGUACUCCUACAAUGCUUCCAUUGGACACCCACUGAACGCCCUUCCGCCAGAGAACUACACAAGGUCCUCCUCACCCUCCAACCCAGCCAGUUAGACGCACACGGAAUGAACGUCAAAAGAAUCAAAUAA